AUGGGGGAUACUGUCCAAUGUGUAUUCAUUCCUCCAAGCUUUAAUUUUCAUGAAAUCUUAUCAUUUACCAUUUACUCUGAUGCGCAUUUUAGUGAAAUACCUCCUCUAAUCGUCCAAAUUGACGAAAAACAGUUUGAAAUUAAUAAAAUCACCAAUUCUGAUAACAAAAUUACAUGGAAUUGUGAAAAGUUAGUCGAACUUAAAGAACAUAGAACAAAAACAAAGGAAUUUAAAGUCAAAUUCAACGAUCUUGAAAAAACAAUCGAUUUAAAUGGACUAAUCUUCCUUGGAAUGCCAAGAAGUUUCAAACCUAUUUACGAUGUUUUACUUUUAGAAUUCAAAUCUGGAUAUUACUGCAGAUCUGAUGCAAUUAGUGAAGAUCCUGUUUCAUUUAACGUUGAUUUUAUAUUAACAUUAGAUUAUCGUAAUGUUGUACAAGUCAAAGCCCAAAUAGAAGAAUUACAACAAUCUCAAAAAUCUUUUAUCGAAACAAAAGAAAGGCUUGUUCAAACAGGACUUAACUUAAAGGAACUAUCUGACCUUAAGGUGCAAUACGAGGAGUGCAUGAAAGAGAAAAGAAGAGUUCAACAUGAUUUUAUCGACCAAAAUCAAAAAAUGCAAGCGGCAACUAUCAUAACAACAAAUGACGAAGGACGAUCGGCGCUAAAAGAACAACUUACGAAGCAUAUACAAGCAAAUAA